AUGGGUUCUCUUCCUGUUCCUGAGGGCAUGCGAGUUCUUGUCUGUCCUUCAGGAUUCAAGGGCAGCUUACAGCCAGACGUUGCUGCUGAUUGCAUCGAAGCCGGAAUUCUGGCUGUGAUGCCAGAGGCCAUCGUCCGCAAGGUUCCCCUUGUCGACGGAGGCGAGGGUUUCACUCGUGCCCUUGUAUCGGCGACUGGCGGUACGCUUCAUCCAGUCACCGUCACCGGCCCCGUGGGCAUCCCGAUUGCAUCCUUCUUUGGCAUCCUUGGAAGCAGCAACCCAGAUACGCCAAAGACUGCCGUCAUCGAAAUGGCAGCGGCCGCUGGCCUGAGCCUUGUGCCUUCUUAUCUUCGCAAUCCGGGCGUUACCACAACUUUUGGAGUUGGGGAGCUCCUAGCCGCUGCAUUGAGCGCUGGUGCGAAGCGGAUCGUCGUCGGAUGCGGUGAUUCGGGCACCUGUGAUGGCGGCGCCGGAAUGCUUCAGGCGCUUGGCGCUCAACUUACAGACGAAGAUGGACACUCGCUACCCAUUGCUGCCGGGGGCGAGUCUCUUCUGCGUCUGAGAAACAUUGAUCUUGGCGGCAUCGACAAGCGCCUCAGGGACGUCACCAUCGAGGUUGCUGUCAACUGGAACAACGUGCUUUCUGGACCGGACGGCGUUGCCAGAGUCUUUGGUGCGCAAAAAGGUGCCAGCAUACUGCAGACAGAGCGACUUUCAGCAGCCAUGGAAGUCCUCGCCGUCGUGGCUGGCCGCUUUCUCUGCGACGAGAACGUGGGCCUCUCGCCUGGCGGAGGAGCUUCUGGAGGGCUGGGCAGCGGUUUGCGGCUGAUCGGCGCCAAGCUCCGGCCAAGAUAUGAGGUGGUGGCGGAGUAUGUCGAUUUCGACGGCUUGUUCACCGACUGUGACCUGGUGCUCACGGCCGAAGGGGGUAUCGACGACCAGACUCCGCGGGGCAAGAUUCCCGCAGAGAUUGGCGUGCGCGCGAAGAAGCACGGCUUGCCUGUCAUCGCCAUCGCGGGAACCAUAGGGCCAGGAGCGCGGGUCAACUACGACGUCGGAAUCGAUGCGUACACGUGUAUCCUGCAGCGACCAUCCACGCUGGACGAGGCCAUCUUGGACGCGGAGGUUCUGACACGCGAGAGCGCCGAGUGCGUCAUGCGGAUGAUUGUCGUGGGCCAGGCGUUGGGGUCCAAGAAGGGCUUGCCCAUGGCGCAGCAGCCGACUUCGACAUGGGUUUAG